GAACCUCUCGCUUUAGUGGGGUUGUCAGUUCGUUCCCACUCGUCUUGUACGCCAGUUGUGAGAGCGACGCUGGUGCGUCGCGCGAAUCUUGAGAUGGCGACGAGUUGCAUUCUCUGUGAACGACGCUCCGAAGACGCGCACGAGAUAUCAUUCCACGCUUUUCCCGAGAAUAAGGAUCAUCGGAAAAAAUGGCUGGACGCGAUUGGCAAAACUAAUGCGGAAGUGCCUGCUCAAUCGGCACUGUGUUCGCGUCAUUUCUCACAAAGUUGUUUCACAGGCUCGAGUCUGAUGGACAAUGCUGUUCCAACUUUGGAACUAGACUCAUAUUUUUCAGCAGAAGAAGAUCAAUCGCAGGAAGAAUUGGAAACCGAGUUAUUCGUCCCAAUCACAAGACCGACUGUUUCAAAAGGAAGGCGUAUUCACAUGUUGUCGGAUGAGGAGAUGAGGGAGACGCAGCCGAUCAAGUACGUGCGCUUUCUCAAGAGCGUCAACUGGGACGAGAUCUCCAAGGUGCCGGCGGAGGCAAAGAUUGUCUGGGAGGUGGCGAUGGAGGAAUUGAAGGAGGACAACGAAAAGAUAAAGCAUCUGCAGGCGCACGCUCGUCAACUCAAUGCGACCGUUUUAAAACUGAAGAACGCAUUGAAAACGCGAAAGAAGAAUAAGACCGCCGUCAAAAGAUCUCUCUUAAAUUAGCUCUCUCAGAUUUAUUUUCGGGACGAUCGAUUCGUUUGCAGUCGCAAUACAAAUUGCGAGGUGAAACAUUGAAACGGCUCUCUCGAAGGGGGAAGUAUCGCAAUUACGUCGCAUGAAUAAGAUCCACAUUCUCCCCUUUUUCCCUAUUAUGGCGAACCAGGCUACCAGGCUAGCGAGGCUAGGCUGACAGGCUUGCCGCUGUUUGCAUUCGACUGCACGACGCCCUGCAACGAAAGCAAAUGCCCGUCAAUGGCGGGUCCUUUCAGACAAGACAAAUGCGAGCUCGCGCUCUCGCAUUUGCGCUCUCUUCUUCGCGCAACAGAGGUACGUGGUGCGCGUAAUACGUUUACCACCGACCACACAACCGGGGAAAAUAUAUGGCACGAAUGGAAGAAACGAAAGAGUGGAAAUGAAGAACGAUGUCGAUGAGCAAGGGAUAAAAGUUGCGUCUUUUUCACCUCUCAUGAUGCGUUAUAUUAUUUGUAGAUUUAUAUUAUCGAAGUAAUAAUAUAACGUGUAUACAGGAUAAAUAAUUA